GUGUGUGUGUGUGUGUGUGUGAUCCAGACUCUGUGCUGCUCAGACAGAAUCAUAGCUCUGAUCCACUGAGGGAACACAGGACUCACGCUGAUUUAUUCCCGCAGAUUGAGGUAAUUUUCUGCAAACCUGCUGCAUUUCAAAGGUAAGAGGAGCCGGAGGAGAAAAUUCAAUUAGUCCUCCAACGGAAAAAAAAAAAAAAAAAAAAGAAUCACACACUCAGAAUGUAUUAAAUCAUGUUUUGAUAUUUGUGCCACUGAAAACAGUUUUCCUCCUCAGACUCCCUCCUCUCCGCUGCAGCAGAUUUUUUAUUUUAUUUUUUUGUUUUAAAGACACUCGUCGUUUUUGUUCCUCCGUUUCAUCCUGUUUCUUAAAUCCUUUCCUUCUUCGUGUCUCUGGUCCAGAGGAAAAAAGGCAGGAAUGUGUCAGAGAGGGCGUAUGAAGCAUCCAUGAUCCAGAGGAAUCCUGCAUCCUGGCAGCUGAUUGGCUGCUGCCUCCUGCCUCUUGUUUGGACCGACCUGUUGGAUAAAAGCAGCAUUUUUCUAAAGGACUCCUGUGUGAUGAGCUGAGAGGAUCAUGCACUGGGGAGCGGUCUUCUUUUAUACAAACCAGGCCGUAUAAAAAAAAAAGUAUAAAAGCAUCCAGUCAUGACGGGGAAACAGGGCGCCGUGUUGUCGGAAAGUUUGAAUUUGUCGGAGAAAACGUCGCUGGCGGCGGGCGCCAAAGGGGGGGGGGGGGGACACCUCCAGCCGAAGAGCAGCGCCACCCAGCAGCCGAGCAGGUGCACGGGCUUCGGGAUCCAGGAGAUCCUGGGGCUCAACAAGGAGCCGAGCGCGGCCCCGAGGAGCAGCCUGGUGGGGUCUCUGUCCGCCGGGGCGCACUUGAUCGCGGCCAGAGGCGCCGUGCUGGGGCCCACCGCCGUGGGUGUCGGUGUAGGAGUGGGAGUGGGAGUGGGUGUCGGGAUGGGAUUAAUCGGCGCUGGAGGAAUUCCGUCGUUUUACGCUCAGCCAGCGUUUUUGGAGACGGUUCUGUCUGACGCACAAGACGUUCACCUGCAGCCGCACAACAGGAGCGGAGGCCCGCUGGACACCAGCCAGUCUGCCAGCUCAGAUUCUGAAGAUUUAUCCUCAAAUGAACGAAAACUGUCCAAGUCAUCUGUGACUCAGAAUAAGAAGCGGAAGAAAAGACGUCACCGGACCAUCUUUACAUCGUACCAGCUGGAGGAGCUGGAGAAGGCCUUUAACGAGGCUCACUACCCGGAUGUUUACGCCCGAGAGAUGCUGGCCAUGAAGACAGAGCUGCCUGAAGACCGGAUACAGGUUUGGUUCCAGAACCGCAGAGCCAAGUGGAGGAAGAGGGAGAAAUGCUGGGGCCGCAGCACAGUGAUGGCAGAGUACGGCCUGUACGGAGCCAUGGUGAGGCAUUCAAUACCUCUGCCCGAGUCCAUCCUCAAGUCUGCCAAGGAUGGUAUCAUGGACUCCUGCGCCCCCUGGCUGCUAGGGAUGCACAAAAAGUCCAUGGAGACGUCCGGAAAGGUGGAGGCUCCGCAGCAGCCCAGCUCUCAGAGGGCAGAAGAAGCUGAGGCGGAGGAAAACAGAUCAGAGGGCAAGUCGGCGAUUUCUAAGGAGGAACUGAGAGAGAACAGCAUCGCUGCACUCAGGGCCAAAGCACAGGAGCACAGUGCCAAAGUGCUGGGGACGGUGCCUCAUGACAGACUGCAGGGGGGUCAACAGGAGAGACAGGCAGCUGAGGAGAAAGUCAGUGAUCCCCCGAGUGCAGCAGACGAAGAGGAGGAGGAGGAAAGUCCCUAGUGAUGAAGGACGUCCACCCUGAAAUGAGACUCUGUCCUGCUGCUGCUUUUCAUCCAUCACCUAAUUCUCUUAACUUGGUCUCUGGACUCCAUAGAGAAGGAAACUCAUCUGCUGCUCAGAAGAUGCUAAUGCACUUUUUUUUUCCUGAUUUAACGUCAAAAUAACUGUUUAUGUAAAGAUGUUGCUUCGGCCGUAGAGUGGGAAAGAACGGACUAAGAGGAAAAUGUUCGUAUAACAGAAUGUACAGUGGAAUAAGUCAAAUGAAAUUCUGUUUUGAUGAUUACAUUACAAUUUGGGCAGGAUGACAUUUUACUGUUUAAAUUCAUUUCAUUGUUGCUUGUUGCUGUUAACCAUUUCACGACCAGUACUGUUUGCGCUGUAUAAAAUUGAUAUAAUAAUCUCUAUUACUAAGGCACAAUUUGAUUUUGACUUUUCUCGUAGUCUUUAAAAUGUUUGUGGUUUUUAUUUAUAAAACGUGUUUGACUCAAACUACGAAGCAUAAAACCUGGAAUAGCCUUUUAUUAAAGAGUCUGUCUUUUUUGCUGUCUGUUUUUUCUAGUUUUCUUUCUUUUUUUUAAUACUGUUAUCACCGGAUUUCAUUGUCAGACCAUUACUGUCACUUUCAACUAGCAUGAAGUUGCACUUGUUUUUGGAGAAGCUCCUUGUUGUCACUUGAUGCUCCAC